AUGGCAAAAGAUGAUACAGAUUCCGAUCGCGAGUGGGAGAAAGAAGUCGAGGCUUUCGAAAAGACGAAAGCCGGCGUCAAGGGGCUCGUCGAUUCCGGAGUCUCCAAGGUCCCGAGAUUCUUCCUUGUGCCCGAAGGAACUGAGAAGAAGAACAAGAAAACCGGGCUUCAAGUCACAAAAAUCCCGAUAAUAGAUUUUGAUCACGGGCGACCGUGUGGGGAACGCCGGAGGCUCGAGAUCGUCGAAGAAAUUCGCGAGGCUUGCCGCGAUUGGGGAUUCUUCCAAAUGGUCAACCACGGUGUCCCCACGAAUGCAAUGGAGGCCGUUUUGGACGCCACAAGAAAAUUUCACGAGCAACCGAAGGAGAUGAAAACGAGCCUCUACUCGUCUAACGGUAGGCAGAGCGUGAGAUUUUACACCAUAAACGGAAACUUGAAGAAACCGGCCGUGGCCGGGUGGAGGGACGCGUUUUCUUGCACGUUCACGGACGAUUAUUUGGAUCCCGACUCGAUUCCUUCUAUUUGCAGGAAUGAAAUUUGUGAGUACAUGAAACACAUGAUCGAGUUAAGAGAUGUUUUGUCCGAGCUACUUUCGGAGGCUUUGGGGCUAAGCUCGGAUUUCUUGAGCCGAAUGGAGUGCAUGAAAAGCGAAUAUCUUUCGUGUCUUUAUUAUCCGGCAAGCCCCCAACCGGACAGGACAUGCGGUACUGUCAACCACUUUGACCCAACGAUACUAACGGUAUUGGUUCAGGACAACUGCAGUGGACUCCAAAUACAUCACGACGAGAAUUGGAUCGACGUUCCUUCGAUUCCAGGUGCUCUCAUAGCCAACAUUGGAGACCUUUUGCAGCUGAUUACAAAUGACAAGUUCAAAAGCGUUGAGCAUAGAGUGGUGGCUAGCUCGAGUAGAAGUCGUGUUUCGACUGCGUGUUUUUUCUAUCCAAGCUCUCAAGAGAUGGUAAAAGCGUGUGGGCCUAUAAAAGAGCUUCUGUCUGAAGAGAAUCCUGCUCUUUACAGACACGUCAGCUACAUUGAAUUUGUGACACAUCAUCAGACUAACGUACGUGAAGGUCAGUCAGCUCUGUCCAAUUUUAGAAUCAUGUGA